GCGAGGGUCAGACGGGCAGUAGUUGAGUCAGCGAGUGUUCAGGGAUCUGCAGGAGCGCAUCUCAGGUGAAACAGAACAGUGCCGGAACCCGAAAGAGGAAUAAAUAAAGACAAAAUUAAAUACAAUUAAAAAUCCUAUUGUUAAGCGUUUUGAGAGGGAAUGCCAUCAAUCGAGAUGAAACUGGAACUGGUGACGCUCAUCGCGUGCGACGUGGACGCUGAGGUGUUCACAUCCGACAAAAUGCAGGAGCGCUUCGAGUCGCUGUUUCGGAUCUACGACGAUCAAACAUCCUUCCAGAUGUUUAAGAGUUUCCGGAGAGUGCGGAUUAGCUUCAGCACGCCAGAGGCCGCUGCACGCGCUCGCAUCGAGCUGCACGACUCCGAAUUCAAUGGCUCCAAACUCAGCCUUUACUUCGCACAGGUGCAGAACUCGGGUGAAGAGGUGGACAAGGCGUUUCUGGCUCCACCCCAACCUGUGAAGCAGUUCCUCAUCUCUCCGCCCUCUUCCCCACCUGUGGGGUGGAGCCAAAGUGAAGACACCACCCCUGUCAUUAACUAUGACCUUCUGUGUGCCGUGGCCAAACUGGGCCCAGGUGAGAAAUACGAGCUGCACGCAGGUACAGAUUCCACUCCCAGCGUGGUCGUGCACGUGUGCGAGAGCGAGACGGAGGAAGAAGACGAGGCCCGGGCUAAGAUGAAAAUCGUCCAGACGCGACGUCCCGACAGCCCUCCGAAAGUCUACAACUAAACCCGCCCAUUCCGCACGUGUUUUCUGUCUAAAUCUGUCUCUCUCUCUCAUAUGGAGGCAAAGACACCCUUCAUUUCAGCUCUAAUUAAAAAAAAAAACACCUAAACAAAUCGGAAAAGAAAUUUUAGAGGGGAGAGCGAUUCUCGCUCGCGAUGGAAAAGGACGGACCGAGUUAGUCUUGACCGGAAGAACUGACACACAGACACGUCACCGUCUCACUGAACAGCAAAGGUAGCAUGGAAGGAAGGGGGUGGGGGUGGGAUAAGAAACCUCCUGCAAUCAGAGCACUUUUCAUUCACUCAUUCACACACUCAUGUAGGCUCAAACUAGUGUAGCAUUAAAGGAUCAGUAGAAAUUAAAUGUAUCUAAAUGUAGUAAUAGAAGCUGAUGUAGUGGUUUCAUAUCACACUUUAUUUUUAGCAUUCAAGUAACGGAUCAUGGAGGAAUAACACAAAAGGGGACGCGCCGCUUUUUUGUUUUGUUUGUUUGUUUUUUGCAGAUUUGAUGACUCGUCACAUAUCAGGUGUCGUGCCGAGUUUAUACAGACCAUGUGAUCCGGAUGCAUGUGUAUUAGUGUGUAUUAGUGACGCAUUAAGGUACAGAAAGGAAGGCAGAAAUGAAUUGUACACACACACCACCUCUGGUUGCUGUAUUCUUGAACGAUGGUUGUUUUUUUUUUUUUGAACUUAUAUACUUGGAAAUGUUUGUUUACUUAACUAUAUGUGUGGUGUUGUGAUUAAUAUUGUUCCUACCAUGUAUUUGAUACCACAACCAUUCUUUGCAUGUUAACGCUGAACGCGGAGCGUUUUAUACCGAACGAUAGAAAUCAAAGAUCGAGAUCGCCAUCGAUACCUGUCCCGCCGCUGCCCGGGAGUCUGGAAGUCUGUAAAGGCGUUACGAUCCGAACAAUUGUUUGUAGUUUUAAUUUUAUUUUUUCAAGCUCUAGAUGCUUCCCGCAGUGAAUCACGGAG